AUGUCUGUAGUACCUAUAAUCGGCGAAGGAGAGUUCGAAAUUGAUGAUGAAGAACAUGACGUCUUGCCUGAGAGUGAUGAAGAUAAUGAGGAAGAAGAAGAUCCUGAAGCCCCACAGAGAAUGAGGACGCAUAUACGCCGUGGUGAUGGGCAUUUGUACCGAGACCAGACAUUCUUCAAUGGUGUGGCUUUCAAAGACAGAGUCCUCGAUUAUGCUCUUAGGACUCGCUGCAAUAUCAGACAAUACAGGUAUGAUAAGGAUAAGCUUGGUUUCGAAUGUGCUGGUCUUGGUGAGAAUGAUGAAGCUUGUGGCUGGAAAAUUUAUGCUUCGAUCCUUCCGAAGGAUAAAAUUUGGAGAGUUAGGUUGUUUGUAGAUAACCACACAUGUGAGGUUAAUGGAGAGUGUGAGAUGGUGAAGGUCCCUGUGAUAGCUAGGUUGUUUGGGAACAAGAUCCGUGAAGAGCCGUGUGUCUAA